UCUGCCUUCACAGAUAAAAACACCGUCCUCUCGUCCUCCGCUCCUCCAUUCGUUUCCACCCCAUCCUCCCGUUGCGACGCCACCAUCACCCCUCCGACAGCUGUUUCCAUCUCCUCCCUCCCGUUUCACUCCUUUCCGCUUCUUUUUAUCCCCACCUCCCCCCUCUCUCCCUCUCUUCAAGAGAGGAGAGAGGGGUGGACCGCCGUCGUCGCUGAUUUCAUGGGCUCGGCCAACCAUUCGCCGGGUUCAGACGAUGCAGCGAUGGCCACGGCGGACGAGAUGUUCUCCAAGCGCGGCUGCUGCUGCUUCUUUGUGCCCUGGCCUAACAAGGCCUGGGAGAGGAUAAUGCCCCCGGCGUCGGAGCGGACCGACGGGGUCUGCCCCGCGGCGAGCCGGCGGUGGUGGUGCAGAGGAUGGAAGGCUAUCCUCAAGGUGCGGGAGUGGUCCGAGUUCGUGGCCGGCCCCCGGUGGAAGACCUUCAUCCGCCGGUUCCGCCGCCGGCCCCGGAACGGCGGCGGAGGCAAGCCCGGCGGCAGGUUCGGGUACGACCCCAUGAGCUACGCCCGCAACUUCGACGAGGGGCAGGGCAGCGACUCGGACGGCGACACUGUCCGGCGGGGUUUCUCCGCCAGGUACGCCACCCCGCCCGCGUUGGCCAAGUCGUCGAUGGACUUGGGGGGCCUCAACGACGCGCCGCUCCUCGUCGGCUACGCCCACUGAGGAGGAGGAGGACGCCGAUUUUGAGGUUGUGGUGUUGUCAUCAGCCAUUUUAGUUCCCUAGCACAACUCGACACAAGGCUAGAUGGGAGUUUGGGAUAGUGUUGAGCAUCGAUUGGAUUCAGAAGUUUGUACCCUAGAACCAAUGUGCUCAACACCAUGUGAGCAAUCAUUUGUGGUCUUGCAACUAUUCAUUCUAAAGUUAUUGUUUUCGCUUUCCUCUCUUUUUUCUCUUGCACACCAAAUGCUUGCUAAAUUACUUAUAAGGCUGCCCUCUUUGCGAGACAUUGAGACUUGUCCACCACUCAUUUUCUGAAAUAAUUAAUUUGCUCUUUUACAGGUCCUUCGGGACCUGAGAAAGAUUACAACUAAGCUAACCCUUUGUAGAAGGAUAACGCAAGGGUGCUUCAUGACUUAGGCAAUUCCAACUAAGUUCGUGACAGUCCGUUGAACUCCUAAGCCACUUCCUCGGCCACAUCAAACUCUUUGCGGGAAGCAGCCCAGAAUCAAGUUGGGCUGAUUCGAACAUCAUCGAUAUCCACCACAUCAUAGACCAAGCCUUCUUUUUCCGAACUCUUUUGUGGCGAAUGAAUGCAGUGAACACAGGCUAUGCAAUGGCAACUAAUAAGAAUUGGAUGAAAGCCUAAAACCAAGGAAGUUGCAGCCUGUUGUAUGCAUACAGACAAUGGAAAUGAGGAUGUGAGCACACAAAUUAUAAGAUCGAGGGAGUAUGUGCAAUUGGUAAUCAUGAUGUUUCUACCAUUAAAACCAUACAGAAAAGAUCCAGGGGAAGGUUGACAGGAAAUGAUACGAGUGGUACAAAACUGCAAUUGACAGAUCCUACUGGGUUCUGUCCUUUCAAACACAAUUAUCAAAACAAAAGAGAAGAAGUUCAAACUAAUACAGAAUGCAUUUAUAGAAAUUAGAUCUUCUUGGGCUACAAGAGGUCACAGAAUUAUGACAGAUAGCUGGAAGGAUGUGCAGAUAAACAUGAUAAAUGACUUCCUGGUAUCUGGCUCAAGAGGAACAUUCUUUUUCUUUGAGUUGAUACUUCUGAUGAAGUAAAAGAAAUGCUAACAAGACCUUUUAAGAUAUUGGGCAAAGUUAUAGAGGCAGCAGGUGGGGGAAGGUGGCACAGAUACCAAACUGAUUUUGUUUUCAACAUUUUCAGAUCUUUUUGGUAGAUGAACUGGAAUUUGCUGUUCCCAAGUCAAGAAUAAUCUUCUGCUGGGCUUAUGUGAUAAUCACAGAAAACACUACAUGCUAUAAGGCUCCUGGGAAACUGCUAGAGGAAAUGAGAACAAGUUUAUUCUGGACACUUUGUGCUGCUUAUUCCCCUGUUAAAAUUCUGGAGGAUUUUACAAAUUUAGAAGCGGGUCAGAGAGUGCCUUGAGAAAGGAAAGAAGAUAACUAGGCACAUACCAACCAAAUCUGGUUGUUAAAUCUUGUGGAAAAGAAUUUACAGCUGCCAAUGGACUUCUUAAACUAUUUUUCAGAAGAUCAGAUGGGGGAAAUGGAGUUCAACAUUUUGGAAGAAGCAGAUCUGUAAAGAAGCCUGCGAACCACCCUUCACAAUAGUUGAGCAAUGAUAUGUUGUCCAUACCAUCACUCUAUAAUGACACCUACCGAGCUAAGCUUGCUGUUGAACCUGUCUGUGCUGGUGAUGAGCAGAAGUAUGGGCCAUUUUGCAGUGUUUAUGGAUGAUUAUUCACAUGAAUUACUUUCUGAAUCCAUCAUACUGCUACUGUCCACUUAUGAUGCUUGUGCUAUACUUGUUUUGUUUACAUUUGGUACAUUCCAGAGGUCCUUCAUGGCUUGAAUGAAUGCGUAACCUGACUGGAACUAGAUAAUGGAAAGUGAUUUAUUUCUGCUGCACAGGUAAUUGAUUUGUGGAUAUUGGUCAACCAGCCUUGCAAGAUGAUGAGAUAAAGAUACUCUCUAUAACGAUAUGGAGCAAGCAGUGGCACAAGCGAGAUCAACAAGUUUGAGAUCUUCAAUGGAGAGUCAAAGAAGGUCUACACAGAUGUUGCAUUACCUGAAAUGUGCUGCAACCGAUGAAGAUGACACUGGUUUUUAUUUUCUUCAUGUUAAUUUGGAAAUGAGAUUUUGAUGAACUCUAAUUGGCCAUUACUGACUGAAUCUUACUGCUAUGGAUUAUUGUUUAGUGAGAGUAAUAAUGUAGAUCAUCUGCUAACCAUUAGCUCGAUGUAAUUCUAUCAGAUUAGAACUUUUUAGAAGAAAUACUCAGUUUUCUUUUCCUCCAUGUCAGUCUUGCUCCUGAUGUCUGUGUUUUGGAUGGUUAAUACAAGGUUGCUCCAGGGAAAUAGAAGGUUAAACACUUAAAAUACACUCUGAAGUUUCUGAUACCAGAAAACUGGAGGGUAGGAUUUUGAAUGAUGAGGGCUUCUAAAAGGAUACUUCAAUAACAUCAUAUACUUGGAGGAUAGAAGCUGCUGCAACAAGUCAGCUUUAUGCACUCAUCAACAGAAAUGCACAUGCACCUCUUUUUCAGCCAAAUGGGCUCACUCUAUAUAGUAGCAGCUUGUUGCAAUGAAGCUCAUAAUUUAGCACCUCCUCCUGGCUGACAAACUUUGAACAACCUAUCCUGUACUUUCAUGGAUGCUGGAAAAUAUUGUGUAAGCAAACUGAAAGUUUGGUGGCUGAAUGAAUCACAAAGAAGUAGGGUCUGUGGUUGGUUGUAACCAUUAAUGAUUCCAGUAUAAUCUGUAGCUGGUGUCCUCUGUAAUAACUAUUCAAGCUCAGUUUGAUCCACAACCAUAAAGAGUGCCACCUAAUGCUCAACAGCCAGCAACUGUGAAAUGAACUCUAUCUGCUUCCAGUAAUCAUUUUCAGAAUCUCUCUGCCCAUAAAUUGUGAAAUGGAUGGACAAAGCAAAGAAAGCCUGAAACUGUGAACAGAGACCAAGUCAAACAAACUAUGGGCCCUGAAAGGUAAAGGUGGAACAAUUAAAUAAGCAUGACACUGUGCUGCCCCAGGAACUGCUGCACCAGAGCAAGCUCAUUGAAACUUCUUGAGAGGGAUAAAACCACACACAUCAUGCUCUAAUCCUCUAUUGUUGUGUUUGCUUAAAUACUUGCACAGUAUGACAACUUUAGCUCAUGUAGGUGCAAACUGCUCUUUUGUUAUUCUACAUUGCAGUCUCUUGAAUUCCAUGCAUGCAAAUACAUCUCUUCA